AGUUGCUUCCCCUUUUUCCUUCUCCGCUCAUUAUCCGUAGUUUUUGGUAUACAAAUCAGGCCGUGGUGCGCAGUUUCAAGAAAUAGCUAUGCGCUCUCUUCCAACAGGUAAGACCUAACUCUAAGAACUCACACAAAGUCAAUCGAAACACAAGUGAGAACUACAACUUGAACUUUCACACUGUUCUUGUCACAACUGACACGAUGGUCGCGGUUCCUGACAACGUAAACACGAGUCUCAAGCGACCGCUGGAGGAGGCGACAGUCGAAGACCCGGAUGGCACGAGCGCUGCGAAGAAGCAGAAGCUCCCGGAGAAACUCGCCUCUCCAGAGAAGCUGCUGCCGCCAGAGGAUGUCGGCGCCGCACCUGCGCCAGCACCCGCAGCGGAAAGCGAGAAAACUACGGGAAAACCAGAUGACAAGGACGUGAUUAUGGCAGACAGCGGCGUAACAUCAGCACCCUCCGCGAUGCCUCUCGUCGGAAAUUCCGCGGCCGCAUCGUCCAGCAGCACUAGCGCAGCCGCUAGUGGCGGGCCGUCAAAAGCUAAGUGGAACGCGGGCACUGUGAUGGAAAUGAUGCAGAAGGAGCGAGAGGAACAAUUGAAAGGCUCCUCUUCUUCCUCCUCUAAGGCACCAGCAAUACCUCCCGGAAAGUCCGUGAAGCAGCCCGCGGCCGCCGGCGCUUCAACCUCGACAACCACCGCCACCGGACCGCUUUCCUACUGGAACACCAGCACGGGUGAGGGCACGGCGGAGAACUUCCGCAGCGGGAAUAAGGACGCACAGAAGAAGCUGAACUCGACGAAUUACCACCCGGCGACGUGUAGCUACGAGAAGGGUAAGCCGCUGCCUUUUCAGCUGAUCACCGACGGCUUGACAAUGAUCGAGGAGAUGAUAGGGAGUGGCAAGGGGAGUAACAAAAUGAAAAUCGUCGUCUUAACCAACCUGUUCAGGACGAUCAUGCUCAAAAAGCCCGAAGAACUGAUUUCCGCCUGCUACUUUCUGCUUUCCAAAGUCGCGGCGGACUACGAAAAUGUGGAAGUCGGGGUGGGCGACGCAUUGGUCUUCAAAGCCGUAUCGACCGCGUUCUCGUCCUCACCGCAGGCCAUCCAGGAUCUGAUUACGCGGUCGGAGGCGCAGGACGUCGGAGAAGCGGCUCUGAUUUUGAAGAUGAAAACGAGGCAAAUCAUGACGCCGGCGAGGCUGACGAUCACCAAGGUAGAGAUGACAGUAAAUGAGAAGCUUGUGUUGCGAUGCAUUGCAAUUGCUUCGCUUUGCAAGUCCAAGUACUUUUCACAUAUUUCCGCGCGAUUUGAAUAUAUCUCGCUUACCGGUAACGGUAUGAUUAGACGAUGAGACCAACAAGCAUCAACAUGACUCCGUUCCAUUUCUCGCAUUUUUUUAGGUUUUCACCGAGAUCCGGGACAAGAUCGCGAAGGUGGAAGGGAAGAACAGCCAGAAGACGAAGCAAGAAACGAUGCAGAAGCUGAUUGCCGCUACGCAGCGCGACGAAGUGAAGUACUUGGUGCGAUCCUUCCAAGCCAAGCUGCGCGUGGGGAUCAACACCGCAACGAUUCUCACUUCCCUCGCGCACGCCGUCGUUUUCGCGGAGUGCUGUGAUAAACAGGAAAUCGGAAAAGCGGCUUUUGGCACGAGCGAGGAGCUGGACGUGAAGUUGCAGAAAAUGGAGCUCGCGGUGAAGAAAGCCUACUGCGAAAUGCCGAACUACGAAAGAAUCACGAAAGCACUUUUGGAGAAGGAAAAGGUGAAGGUGAAAAACGAGACAACCGGGUUGGAAGAAGAAAGAGAAAUCUCGAUCACGCCGGAAAAACUCGGCAAGGUCUGCAAGAUCACGCCGGGGAUACCGCUGAAACCGAUGUUGGCCAAGCCGUCGAAAGGGAUCUCAGAAGUGAUGGAGCGGCUCGCGGGCACGAAGUUUACCGCCGAGUUUAAAUACGACGGCGAAAGGGCACAGGUACACGUGUACAAAACAAAAAGUGGAAAAAUUGAGUACCGGAUCUAUUCCCGGAACAGCGAGAACAUGACCCAGAAGUACCCCGAUGUGCUGGAAAUCGUGAAGGCAAACAUGACGGAGAACGUGACAAGUCUAAUCGUGGACGCUGAGGUAGGUUUUUUUUGAAGAUAAUGAAGAAGUAGCUUCCUCAAGAAGGUUGGGUGCACAAAUGACAUUAAUGCCAACUCGCUCAUGUAAAAGUAGGCACGUAAAGAGCUGGCGUCUUACAAAAACACUAGUACAACCUCCACGAACCCAGAUCGUCGCGUACGAACCGGCAACGAAGACGAUCCAGCCGUUUCAAAAACUCUCCACCCGGUCGAAGAAGAACGUGAAAGUGGAGGAAAUCAAGGUCCAAGUUUGCCUGUUCGCCUUCGACCUGAUCUUCCUGAACGGACGGCCCUGGACCGGGAAAACGCUACGGGAGCGGCGCGACAAGCUCGUGAGUAACACGGUGCUGAAGAAGGAGGAGGGCAAACUGCACUUCGCGGAGGGGAAGGACAUGGAUCUGGAGGAGGAACCCAUUCAGCAGUACCUGAACGAAGCGAUCAACGCGUCGUGCGAUAUGGGCGUGUCAGGAUUGAAAUCGACAAAGUUGAAAUAACUUGUAAUGCAUAAAAUCGAUACCAGUGAGUUGGAAACCCAAUUUCCAAGCGGUGCGUGACAAAUUUCGGCGCCGUCUAGUAAAGCCAGUUUGUCAUGCUGUUUAGGGGCAGAAGGCGUCUUUUGUCAUGCUAGUUUAGCAGCUCUAUCGCAGACCCAAAACAGGCUUACAGUCGGCCUCACUUGCCAUCUCUGCAAGAGAGACAUUUCAUGCCUUGCCAUUUAUGCAUGAGAAAUUAUAUUCAACUUUGACGAUUUCAAUCCUGACGCUUCCAUAUGCGAGGGCUUGAUGCUAAAAACAUUGGACGACAACGCCACGUACGAACCGUCGAAACGCUCGCUGAACUGGCUCAAACUAAAAAAAGACUACAUGCAGGGCAUGAGCGACAGCGUCGACGUGGUGCCGAUCGGUAUUGAUAGAGUUAUUGCACGUUGACUUCGCCAGCAUGUUGUUCACGUGGUCGACAGAGUAGACAGUAGUAGUUCACAUUUUGCUAAAUUAUGCCGUGGGUUGGAGGUGAUACGCAGCAGCAGCUGUCAGGUGUUACACUUUCACUUCGUACAUCGUGCAUGAUCAGGUGCCUGGUUUGGGACCGGCAAGCGUACGGGGGUGUUCGGCAGUUACCUGCUCGCCUGCUACAACCCGGAUAACGACGAAUUCCAGACGCUCUGCAAGGCGGGGACGGGGUAAGAGAGCGAUUUCUAAUUUGAAUAGGCAGCACUCUAGCAUGAUGAACUUCAGAACUUAGCUGUUUAUGCAUGACAAACUCAUACCUAUACCAUAGGUAUUCCGACGAGGACUUGAAGCAGCACCACCAAUUCUUCAAGGACAAAACUCGCACCGAUCGCCCGGACGGCAACGUUUUAUGGAACGACACGCCAGCGAUCAAGCCCGAUGUGUGGCUCGAGAUAUGUCAGGUGAUUCUGCCCUCUAGGUUGUCUGUCAUUGGGAUGAUGUCGUAUAUCUUCUGCAUGUGCAUCAAUGAAUUGCAAUGUUGAACGACUUUUGAACAGAAGUGAAGUCCACCAGCGAAUUCGAGUGAUUGUGUAUUGUAUUUUGAGGUACAGAUCGAUGCAGAUUGGGCCAAAAUCAAACACGCACACUAGGUCUGGGAAGUCAAAGCCGCCGACUUGUCUAUCUCCCCUGUCCAUUGUGCCGCAACCGGCAUGGCGCACCCGGACAAGGGCAUCGCGCUGCGGUUUCCGCGGUUUAUCCGGAUUCGGGACGACAAAAAUCCCGAGGAUGCGACGACGAACGAGCAGAUCAAGCAGAUGUACGACCAGCAGGCUGUCAUUUCCAGUGGAGGCACUGCCGAUGUCGCGGGGGACGACGAUUUUUUGUAA